GCAAGAUGGCGGCCUCCGUAUUGAACACGCUGCUGCGGCGGGUUCCUAGCCUUUCGCUUUUCAGAAGUGCCUGCGGAGUUCAGGUGCCCUUCCAGACUCUUUGCACCAAAGCCCCCCCUGAGAAAGAUUCUUUGCCCACUGUUCCCAUUUCCCCUUAUAAGGAUGAACCCUGGAAAUACCUGGACUCAGAAGAAUACCAGAACCGUUAUGGUUCUCGCCCAGUCUGGGCUGACUACCGCCGCAACCACAAAGGUGGGGUACCCCCACAGCGGACUCGAAAGACGUGUAUUCGUAAGGAUAAAAUCGCCGGGAAUCCCUGCCCCAUCUGUCGGGAUCACAAGUUGCACGUGGACUUCAGGAACGUGAAGCUCUUGGAACAGUUUGUCUGCGCCCACACGGGUAUCAUCUUCCAUGCUCCAUACACAGGAGUCUGUAUGAAGCAGCACAAGAAGUUGACCCAGGCCAUCCAGAAAGCCAGAGAUCAUGGUCUCCUCAGGUACCACAUUCCCCAGGUUGAGCCCCGGGACCUUGACUUCAGUACCUCUCACGGAGCUGUGAGUGCCACUCCACCGGCCCCCACCCUGGUUUCCGGUGAUCCCUGGUACCCGUGGUACAGCUGGACACAGCCACCAGAGAGAGAACUGUCCCGCCUUCGGCGGCUCUAUCAGGGCCAUCUCCGAGAAGAGAGUGGCCCUCCACCUGCAGCACCAGCGGAAGCCCCCUCCAGUGAGGGGGCGGGCUCCCAGAAUGCUCUGCAGGGGCUGUAGCCUGGGAAGGCAUCUGCGGGUUAGGAGACAGUGCCUAGGGUUACGUGCCUGGAUGUACCCUGUCAAAUUGUAUCUACUGUGGGGCCAGCAGCAGGUCCAGGGAGAACAUGGUUGCUGAUGAAGGGGUGUACAUACAUCGGGCUGAGGGGGCCAGCACAGGUGUAUGUGGAAACUGUCCCCUAUAUAUUGUAAAUAAAUGGGCUGAACAUCCAGCUGCUGCUUCAAAUUUCUGCCACCAUUUAGCUUACUUUUAAAGUAAAUAAAGUAAAUAAAGCUUU